AUGGAUUCUAAGACUAGGAUCAUCACUAUUAGGGCCUCUUACAAGAACGACAAUUCAAGCUCCAAAGAGUUGCAAGAAAAAACUAUUGCAAUUGAUCAUGACCAAUUUAGGGAUGUGAAAGAUAAGGAUACGUUUAUCAGGUUACUUAAGCACUAUGAUAUGAAGUUCCCGGAAGACAUAUCUAUGAUUAAACUCAUUAGAAAAUCAAAGAAGAACAAAAACUAUAUUCCCUUAGAGUCCGAAAAGGAUUUCAAAUCGUUAGCUAGAAGUUUAAAGGUGAAGAAUCAUAUUAAACUAAUAAUCGUUGAUAAGACUUUAAAUGAAUCGAAACCUAAUUUUCUGAAUAGUACAAUACGGAAGAAGGCUAUUGAUUUUUCAAGUUUAGGUGAUGCUUUAAUUGAAGUAGCCAUCGAUCAUUUCAAGGACAUUAUAUUCGAUUUCAAGAGACCAGAUAUCAAAGAGGAAGGAACCCUGCAAGAAGAGCACUCUAUUGGUCACCAGGACUCUACUGAUGAUACUGUUCAUGUAAAUGUUUGUUGUGAUAGAUGUCAUCCCAAUGAUUUCGUCCCAAUUCGUGGAGUUAGGUAUAGUUGUUUGGUUUGUCCUGAUUUUGAUUUAUGUGAGUCUUGUGAACGUGAACUUCACAAAACUGGCCAAGAUUUCCACAGUCAUUCUUUAAAUCAUCCUCUAGCCAAAAUCAUAAGAGAAAGUCCAAGCUUUAAUAGAUCAAAGUUUGAAAGAUUUCAGGGAUCUACUCCAACUGCACCCCCUUGCUAUCAUUCUUCAGAUGACAUUAUCUUGGCGGAUAUACCUCUCAGAGACUACAACCCUGAAAAUAAAGUUUUAAUUGAACAAUUAAUCAAUAAUUCUGGAUUUAAGUCUUUUGCUGAAAAUGUCCAACAUUAUUUAAAGACUUCAGAAAGAUAUGUCACAUUGACUUCUUUGUUGAAAGAUAGCAACUUAAAUGAAGAUGAGGCUUUUGAUCUUUUGAAAUCUUUUGUGAUCAAUGGUAUUUCGAAGAAGGAUAGUGUGCAAAGUUUAAACUCUUGUGAUGAUGCAACACCACUUUCCAGCGAAAACACCUUUGCACUCACUAUAAAAAAUAUGUCUCCAAAUGUUAUUGAAGGGAAUAACUUAAAAUUUGAAUUUGUGGAUGGUGAUCAGAAUGAUGUCUUUAUUGUAAAGAAUUCAGAGCCGAUCUACCCUGGAAAGCAGAAUACUUAUGAUAUCACUUCUAUGAAACCCAAACUCCAACAAUCAAGCCUUCCAAAGACUUUGAGAGUAUCGAAUGUGGAUUCGGAUGUUAGUUUGGUUGGGCUUUAUUCUGCAGAAGCUCCCUCUUAUUUGGAGCUUUAUAAGGUUUUAGAUACAACUGAGGAACCACUCAUGACGAGUCCGAAAGAAGAGACUGAACAAGUAUUCACUGAUGAUGAUAAAGUGAUUGUUACUUUAGUUCCAAAGUCACCUUCUUUGGCCCAGAUUAUGAUUUCUAAUAGGUCGAGUAAAAAGAUCGAUUGUUCGGACUUGACUUUGGAGGUCUUAAACUGCUUUGAAGAUAGUGUUCUGAGUGUACUUGUUCAUAAGAAGCAUGGCAUCUUACCUGGUAAGGUUUCUAAAUUUAACAUUUCUUUAAGUAAUUACCAUUUAAAAUAUCCGUUCAAGAUCGUGAUGAAGAAUGGUUCUACAGAGGGUAGAUGCAAAUUAAGCAUGAAUGAAUUAAGUGGUAGAUUUAAAUUCUCAAAUCAAGGUUCAAAUGGAACUAAUGAUGAAUACAAUCUCGAAUUUCGCCCAUCUGAAUACAUGCUAACCAAUGAGACGUCAUCAUCUACUGAAGGUGUCGAUGAUGAUGAUGAUGAACAGCUAGGUGAGUGUGAUGCACCAGGUCAACAAAGUUCUAUGAAUAACUUAUUUUCAUCAACUACACGGACGUCCGAUGUAGCUUCAGGCGCAGGGUCUUUGCAUUCGAUGGUUUUGCCUGCUUUACCCAGAGAAUCGGUCACAAACUCGAGGCUUUCAACUUCUGAGUAUAUUGAUGCUACAACAUCUAUUCAUGGAAAUAACUUGGAGGAUGAAAUUGAAGAUGAUUAUGAUAUAAUCAGUGCAGAGGGUGAUGCUGAAGACAAAGAAACUAUUGAUUCUGAUUUCGAGGUUUUGUCGCCUGUUAAUUCUAAUAGUCAAGGAUAA